AUGCUAGAAAUAAUUUUACUUUUGUUUAGCAAAGCCUAAAAAUAACGAUUCAAAAUUACAUAUUUCUCAACUUGAAACAUAUUAUUCCAUAACUAGAACAGGUCGACUGCUAGUGGGUCACAUUUGAUAAAUGGGAACUAUAGUUAGUUCUAUGCAAAAGCCAAUGAUGUACGUUAACAUGGACAGCCCACAUGCACAGUUCGUUCGCGAAACAGUUAACAACAACAAAGUCGUCAUAUUUAGCAAGACUUACUGCCCCUACUGCAGCAUGGCCAAGGAGCAGUUCCGCAAGCUCAACGUGGAGAUGACCAUAGUUGAGCUGGAUUUGCGCGGCGACGCCGAGGAGCUUCAAGCGGUGCUUGGCGAGCUGACUGGAGCUCGCACCGUGCCCCGUUGUUUCAUCAAUGGCAAGUUCGUGGGCGGCGGCACCGAUGUGAAGCGCCUCUACGAGAACGGCACACUGCAGCGAUACUUCCAGUGACUCUCCCAAUGACAGACCUAAAACACUUUAAAGUUGGAGCAGCAGCCGUAGCAACAAUUGAAGUUAUGUUGAAUUCAGUUUUGGUUGGGAAAUAAAAAUGAAUGAAAGCAUUGGUAGCAUAUGAAAGGUAACUUAAUAGAAUAUUUAUCUGUGAAGUUUGCAGAUGAGAAAGAAUUGGUG